CACCGACGGCCGAGCCCAGCCAGUUCCGAGUCCUGCCCCGCAGCCACAAAUUUCAGCUUUCGGCACUGCCAUGCCCAUCUUCAUUCCACGCUGUCUUUCCAAGCAACAAACCACCACGACGCUGAACAAUCGCUCUAACACGCCUGCCAACCAUACUGCCACACCUGUCCGUGAGAGUGUAGACCCUAACCGCGCCAUACCACGCCGUCUGACACCCCUAUCACAAGCCGUCCGCGCACCGAGAAACCCCGCAAAUGCUAGCAUGGAACAAAGACGGCCUCCAGAGUAUAUUCUCGAGGUCUUUGCGGACCCGGCCUGUGUGAGGGACGUAGUGAAGGCAAUUCUCCACACCAUCUUCUUCCACCGCUACUUCUCCUCAAUAUCGCCACUCACACGCGACCUCCUCGACCUCACGCUCCCCGCCAUCGACGACGUCGACCUCGAGACCCUGAUUGACCAGCGCACCGCUGCCUUGGUCCGCGCCAUUGAGUCCACACAUCAGCAGCGUGGGCGCGGACAACUCGCCGUCCAGUUCUUCGAGAAGCGAAGAAGGAAGACGUAUUUCUUCGGGAAGGCAGACGAGGAGGUUUGCUGGGAGCAGUGGACGCUGGACGUUACGCUCGCUACACCGCGGACAGAGACUGACGUCCUAAAAGUCCGUCGCGCAAUGGAAAAAUCUCUGCAUAAAGCCGCCCUCAAAAUCGUCAACAUCGUUAAUCGCGACAAAGACCACAUCCCGCCAAUCACUACCACCGACGCGAAUCCCUUCCCAUACCAAGUGGUCGUAAAUCCUAAAGCCACUGAUGGAUGGGGCCAACGGAUGGGCAUAUUCUGAAACCAUUAUCACGCACGAAGCGGGGGCGGGGUAGCACGCACGCACGGAUUUGUACAUAUGGGAUACAGCGGCUGCAAGGAUGAGUGGAUCCGAACGGCACAACGAUGACCAUGAUGCGGGAGAAUUAAUGGAUACGAUGAGGAUGUGGAAAAGAGGAGGUUCAACACCACUCACCGUGACUUUCGUCUGGUUUGUGUGCAGAGAAAAAAUGUCUGGAAAAGUGCUACCGACGUAGCGGAGUUUUGAACUUUUGGACCCACCCGGACACAAACCCCCAAAAAUCACCCGAGACAAAAGUUCAACAUUUGUACAGUGUUCGCUUUGUUCGAACAAAAAGCAACAAUCUUAAUGACCGAUACAAUCACGACUUUCCUUCUCUUUCCUUUAAUUUUUCUUCCUGUCGCUUUUGUGUGGAAUUGUGUAUGUAACUAGUUUUUCGAGAUACCCCCGAAAUGAAAUUCUAUUUUAUUA